AUGACGUCCCGCGGACGCCCCCUUCCGCCCCCUACUUCUUUUGCGCCGCAUCAAAACGCGGCGAAACCUCCACCGCCACAUCAAAACGCGGCGAAACCUCCCCCGCCGCACGAACGAUUGCACGCACGCGGCAACCCAACUAGCGCAUCUCACACCUCGGCGACUGCCGCGUCAGGCGCGACGUGCGAUGCGGCCGUGUCGCAACUCCCACGCGUACCCAGUCGCAAGGGCGAGCUAGGCUUGCCUGCUGAUGGCGCGUCUUGUCAAGAGGAUGACCCCGGACUCGCCGAAAUCACAUCCGAGCCCCCUCCACAUGCAGACACUCUCACACAUGACCGGGGCGCCACGGGAAUCCGAGAGACUGAGGCUGCAUCCCUGGGGAAGAACCAGACGCCCGCGAAGGUUGAUCGGUCGCAUCCAAGUGGGGACAUAGGAACUUCGGAGCAACUCGAUUACGGCGCAACAACGCAACGAACGAUUCCGGGCGCCCUUCCAGCACUUCCUCCUUCAAAUGGAAAGACGCGGACAGCCAGCCCCGAGGGUAUGAGGGGUUGCGGGGGCGCAAAAGAGGAGGGUGACAGCGCGGUUGCCUCCUCCGUGCAUCUUACCCCGUCCACUAGUCGAGGCGAGGACCUGCCGGCUGUCGAUCAAACGCUUCUUACGCGUGGCGGAUUGCCUUCACCCGAAGAGGCUACGCCAUCUGGCUGCUUCGUCCUGCCUCCCAGCGAGCUUGACGUUUACCUCCCGAAUACACGAGAGUCAAGGGCGCCCACGUUGCUUGGGGGCACCAAGACGGAGGGCGCGGCGCCUGCCACACACGCAACCAGUGGCGCAAACGGGGAUCCUUUUUCCUCGAUAGACGACGCGGCGCCCCCGGAGGGUUUCCCUCAUGAAGAAGCAGCAAGCACCUCUCCCGAUGCUCCCCCGCCCAUGUCAGGACGCAGUACGGGACCCGUGCCCGCACCAGCACCCUCGAGUCCCCACCAGAAAGCAGCUGAGUCUUGCGCCGUGCCAACUGCCCAAAUGGCAGAGCGCGCAUCGCCAGUCCACACGGCGCGAGCGCCUUCACAGGCUGCACGACCUGGCGUCGAGUUCGCGUUCUCGUUCUCAGUUCCCAGGGACCAAGCUGGCAGCGCCACUUCUGGCUUCGCGGUAGGCCCUCCGCGCCAGCGCAGGGAAGCAGACGAGACCGGCGAAUGCUGUGCCCAGGGUGUGCAUCCGCGGAUUCCCCCCACGAGAGCGGGGAUGCUUGAAUCCGCCACGGGGCCUUUCCCCCGGUCGCAGCGUGGCCCGGAGAGCCACAUCUCUCAGCGCCCCGCAGAGGAAGCGGCCUCACCUGAGCUUUCGAAUUCGGAAGAGAACGAAUCCCGUGCGCACCAGCAGACAAAGGGUGGUCAGGGAGCUGCUCCGAGCCGUGCACACGAGGGCCUUCGCGAUCGAAACGCACGCCGCACAGAGUUUCACCCGCUUCCUACGGCGUGGCAUCUACGAGGCCACCGAAACAUCUGGGAGACGCCGGAGACGGCACAGCCUCUGCAUGCAGAUGAGCAAAGUUCUGAUAGUGCCGUCUACCGGGAGCCUCCGCCGCUUCACUCGGAGAGUUACCGCGGACCCUCGCCGGCGCCACAUCCGUCACCGAGCGGGCAUGAGGCUGCGCGGCGGUCUUGGAAGAGACAGGAAACGCUGCAGGCGCCUUUUGCGCCCGACGGAAGCUUCGUGCAGUUUGUGUCCUGCGCAGAGACAGGGCCCUUCGUCCCACAUCCAGCUGCGCCGGACUUCGGUGGCGGGCAUCCUCAGUGGGCAAGCCCGGUCCCCCUCGGAGGGGCUAGCAGCUCAGCUGCUUGCAGUCACGCCCCUCCAGUUGUCUUCGCCUCCUUCGCUGACUGGACCGCGGACCUGCCUGGAGGAGCGUUUCUUCCUGAGGGGCUCUGGAUUCCGCCCGUUGGCGAAUUUCUCCCUUUUUGUGGGCCUGGAGUCGACCUCUUUGCUCGCUUAGGGCACCCCGCCGACUCCGCGCCGCAGCCAAACUAUCGCCCGCUCGGUGCCCGGCACACACACCAUUCUAUUUCACCUCUGAGGGCUGCUGCCGACUCACCAGGACAGGCAAGAUCGGGGCAUGCUGUCGCAUCUCCCGCACGCGGGCAUACGUCGGGACUGAUGCCCGCGGCCCUGCAGCAGUGCCGUCCGCGAGGCCAAAUCAACUCUGAGAUGCCCAGAUGCGAUACAGGUUUCGCCUUCGUCUCGACGCGCUCUCACCCCUGUGGCCUAAGUCCAAGCCGUGCGGCGGAAAGCCACAGCGCCUCUGGUUUCUAUCGACGCCAGCUCCUACAGCAGCUCCGGCUGACCAAACAGAGGAGCGCAGCGAAUGACGCCCUCCAGACGAAAACCGACGAUCGCGCUCUUCCGGCGCGGGAAGGCCAGCACCGCCCACGCGGUGACCUCGGGGCCGAACCGGGCGAACGACCCCCGAGGGCCGCGAGGUGA